GGGAAGGUGGUCAGUACAAUGGCGAUGAAAAAAUGUGACAGGAUGCACUUCGAUUGGCCAUGGAAUACGGGGCUGAUUACAUUGAUGUUGAGCUCCAGGUUGCUCAUGAAUUCAUUCAAUCCAUAGCUGGAAAGAAGCCUGAAAAUUUUAAGAUUGUUGUUUCUUCUCAUAAUUAUCAAAAUACCCCAUCUAUGGAGGAUCUUGGUAAUCUUGUUGCAAAAAUACAAGCAACUGGAGCUGACAUAGUGAAGUUUGGAACAUCUGCCUUAGAUAUAACUGAUGCGGCACGUGUUUUCCAGAUAACUGUGCAUUCUCAGGUUCCAAUAAUAGCACUGGUUAUGAGCUUCUACAUUUAUACAAUUUCAGACAAAUAG